GGCGUGCGCCUGGGCCGCCUCUACUCCGUUUCGCCCUCGGCUGCCGCCACCAGGGUCCGAGUCCUGAGUCCCGGGUCUCGGGCCAGACUCUGCCUUUUAAAGAAGAAGGAGGUCGGAGGAGCCCGGGAUGGCCCCUGUGCUCCUGACGGCCGGGGCCUGCCAGGAGUCAGUGACCUUCAAGGAUGUGGCCAUAGACUUUACCCAAGAGGAAUGGGGGCACCUGGACUCUUCCCAGAAGGAGCUGUACAGGGAGGUGAUGCUUGAGAACUACAGCAACCUGGUGUGUCUGGGACUUGCAGCCUCCAGACCAGACCUGAUCUCCCAUUUGAAGCAAGGGGAAGCACCUUGGGUGGCAAGGAGAGACAUGGAGGCAGGCCCAUGGCCAGAUUGUGAGACUGGGACUGAAACCAGGGAAUCGGCCCUAAAGCCGGGUAUUACUUUAAAAGAGUCAUCCCCAGAAGGAAUCACAAAGCAUUUUUCCUGCGUCUCCAAGUUCAGAGGAGUGUGGCAGUGUUCUUCCAGCUUGGGGAAUCAAGAAUACAAUAAGGAGAAAUAUGCUAAGACAAUAAAAGUCUCCAGGAGCAAAACUUCCAGCGAUGUGAGAGGUCCUGAAUGUUACAAAUAUGACAGAAGCAUAAGUCCAUCUUCCAUUCUUUUUCAACAACAAAGAAUUUCUCCAGCGGAGCAUUCUCAUCAAUGUGAUACUCAAAGAAAGAUCUUCAGAGUGUGUUCAGACCCAAAUAAGUGUAAUAAAAUUUACUCAAGGAAGAUAUUUUGGAAGCCUAAUAAAUGUGAGAAAUUCUUCAGUCACAAUUUUGGCCUUAAUGAGACCAACAGAAAACAUGCUGAUGAGAAACCUUACGAAUACCAGGAAUGUGAAAGAGCCUUCAACCAGAGCUCAUCCCUUUCUAUGCCUCAGACAAUCCAUCUAAGAGAAAAAAUACGUAAACAUAAUGAAUGCAUUUCAGGACUCAAUGAACGUCAGAAAAUUCAUGCCAGGAAGAAAACUUAUGAAUGUAAUGAAUAUGGGAAAGCCUUCAACCGGGGAUCAGAACAUACACAAAAUCAGAGAGUUCAUUCUGAAGGGACAUUUUAUGAAUGUAUUGAAUGUGGGAAGGUUUUUGCUUGGAAUUCAAGACUUGCUUUGCAUCGACGAAUUCAUACUGGAGAAAAACCUCAUGAAUGCAAUGAAUGUGGGAAGGCCUUCAACCAGAGAAUUCACCUUACUCAACACCAGAAAAUUCAUACUGGAGAAAAACCUUUUGAAUGUAAUGAAUGUGGGAAAAAGUUCAAUCAGAAAAUACACCUUAUUCUGCAUCAAAGAAUUCAUACAGGAGAGAAACCUUAUGAAUGUAAUGAAUGUGGGAAGGCUUUUCGCAGGGGAGAACAACUUACUCGACAUCUGGUAAUUCAUACUGGAGAAAAACCUUUUGAAUGUAAUGAAUGUGGGAAGGCCUUUUGCCAUAGAAUACAACUUGCUCAACAUCAGAGAAUUCAUACUGGAGAAAAACCAUAUGAAUGUAAUGAAUGUGGAAGAGACUUCAGCCGGAGCACAUACCUGACCGAACAUCAGAGAAUUCAUACUGGAGAAAGACCUUUUGAAUGCAGUGAAUGUCCAAAAGCCUUCCGUUGCAAAAGACUACUUACUCAGCAUCAGAGAAUUCAUACCAGAGAAAAACCUUAUGAAUGCAGUGAAUGUGGGAAGACCUUCUGCCAGAAAUCAGGACUUAAUCAACACCAGAAAAUUCAUAUUGGAGAGAAAAAUCUUAUGAGUUUAAUAAAUAUGGGAAGUUCUUAAAUCAGAACAUCAGAGAAUUAAUGCCAGAGAAAAACCUUAUCAAUGCAAUGAAUAUGGCAAGGCCUUUGGCCAGAGAAUAAUCCUUAUUCAGCAUUAUAGAAAUCUUACUGGAGGAAAGUGUUAGAAAUGUAAUGAAUAUGUGAAGGUCUUUAAUCAGAGAAUUCAAUUUACUUUACAUCAGAGAAUUCAUAGUGGAGAAAAAAAAAUAACUUGCUAAGUUAAGGCUUAGGCAGUUUAAGUAAGUCAGAAUUCAGAAUUAGAAAAUUUUAGAGGUGGAAGAAACCUCAGCAGCCAUCUCAUCAAAACUGUAUCUAAAAGAACUCACCACUAGGAAGUUCCUGAUGAAUAGUUAUCUAGUCUCCUUGAUAUCUUCCCAUUAUGGGGGAACGCAUGACCUACUAUGGUUUACUAUUCUACUUUUGAACAACUCUCAUAAGAUCAUCCUUUCCUGGAAUAAGGCUGAAUUCUCAUCUUUACAAAAUUAACCCAUUGCUCCUGAGUCGGUCCUUACAGGCUCGAACAAGUGAUCAACCAUCCACAAUAUAUCCUUCAAAUACUUUAACAGAGGUAGUAGGCCAAUCCAAAACCAUCUCCAAGAUAAAUAUCCUAAGUUGUUGUAAGCCUUCUGCAUGUAAACAUAAGCUAAAGUCUCUUCACCCUCAUGAUUGUGCCUCCUCUGGAUGCUGUCCAUUGUCCUUCUUAACAGUGUCCUUCUGAAGCUGUGGCACUGAGAUCUGAACUGAGUAUUACACAUGUAUUUCAACUUGGACUUGAGUAUAGAACUACUACUUCCUUAUGUCUGAGCUAUUUCUCGUAAUGUGACUCAAGAUAAGCUUUUGCAACUUCUAAAUCACACUGCUGACUCAUUUUGAGCUUACAGUCUGUUCAAAUUCCCAGACCUUUUUUUUUCAUAAACCAUGUCUUUUCCACUUUGUUUUGAGAAAUAGAUUUUUUUUUUAAAUUCAAGCAUAAGACUUUAUAUUGACUACAAUUUAAUUCCACUUUACUAAAUAUGACUCAGUGGUCUAUCCUUGCAAGGCCAUUUUUGGUUCCUGAAUGCCAUCCCAUAUCUUAUGUUUCCCUUCUUGAUUUGUUUCAUUUACAUAUUUGAUGAGACAUGUCAUUGUCAGAUUUGCUUGUUGAAAUUUGAUCAGUGCAAGCUUUGAAAGCAAAACAUUACUCAAAUUAUAGAUGCUGAAAAUGAGUGCUGCACACAAUUUAAUUGAAAUUUAAUAGGCCUCUGCAUUUUAAAUCUGCUAUUAGUUGAAAACAAAAUAUUCUAAAUGUCAAUGAUAGUAAACCAAUAACAUAUUAGAAAAUACUGAAACUUUUAUGACUUGACAACAUUAAGCCUGUUCUUUUAAAAUUGCUUUUUGAAUUUUUAUGAUUCAAAAUAUCUAUUGCGUCCUGCAAGUCCUUGAAGUUAUACUGUUAUGAUCUCAUGUCACGUAUAUCUUUGGCUUGUUUUCUCUUUUCAUUCAAUAAACCUUUCUUAACUUGUGA